UUGUUUGGGUUAUUUUGCCUGAAAUUUGGCCUGUAAUUAUUUCUCAAGGCAAAUUAAAAAAAAAAAAAAAACACAAAUUUCCAAUUUUUGAUUAAAUUCGCAAACCCGUCUUGUCAAGUCUCAGUUAUUGUCUAUAUUUAGCAUUUUUAUUAUAUAGAAGAGUUGCACCUGUUCCCUUCAAUCAAUAUUUUGAUUUCCAGAUGUCUUCUAAAUGUAUUUUUUGUGACAUUGUGUCCAAAAAAUCGCCAGCGGAUAUUAAAUUGGAAAAUGAAGAGAUUAUAAUAUUCACAGAUAUAAAACCAGUAGCCAAGCACCAUUAUUUGGCAAUUCCCAAGGAGCAUAUUGAAAAUGUCAAUAGUUUAAACACCACAGAACAUGUAGGCCUAUUGGAUAGGUUAGUUUCUGAAGGCAAAAGAGUUAUAGAGGAACAAGGAGGAGAUUUAAAUGAUAUGAGGCUUGGAUUUCAUUUGCCACCAUUCAAUACUGUGGGUCAUCUGCAUCUACACUGUAUUUCUCCAGCUAGCAAGUUUGGAUUGUUGCAUAAAGGCAUGUUUCUCCCAGGAUCCUGGUGGUUUGCUACUGAUGAACAAAUACGGGAAAAAAUAAGUAAAGCAGGUGUCGCAAAUCAAAGCAGUAAGAUAAAUAAUAAAUUGUGAGUGGAAAAGAAAUAUAUAAAGAAAAAUGUGAUUUUUAAAACUUAUAGUUAUAUUUAUUAUAUUUGGUGUUAUAUAUUUGGAAGAGUAUCUUUUUAAUUUUGUUGUUGUACAUUAUGAUUUAUUGUAAUAGCUAUUCCUUGAAUUUCCACUAAUGAUAAUAAAUAUUUGAAUGAAAUCGUUCA